UUCACUGUCCAGGUCUUGGCUGGGAGGUUAGGUUGGCUGGAGCGUCCCUUAAAUCUGGAGUCUUUUUAAAAGGUAAAUGUACCCCUAGAAUGUUGCGAUUUGAGGGGGAGACUGGAUCGAGCUCUGCCGCGUAAACAUGACUGACCUUGGACUUCACCUGGGGCAGGUGGGCAGCAUUAGCAUCCUAAGGCCCUUCUGGGCCCCCAGGGCACAAUCCUGAAGAAUUUAAUAAGGAGACUCCAGUGUUGUUAUUUAUACCUCCCUUGUUCCAGAGAAGACUUAAGGUGGCUUCAGAGAUUCUCAAGGUCAUUUUGGACAGAAACUGUGGGAGGAGAAUGAGAUGUGAUCUCAGGGCGCAGCUGUAACACACCUGUUGAUAUCAUGUCAGUUUCACCAAGAACCCAGGAAGCCUGGGAGACCUUUGAUCAGCCGCAGAUCGGUGCUGGAGCCAAAGUUCCAUCUUUCAACCCUGCCCGCCCCUCUGAGCACCAGGGUCAGCAGCAGGCCAUGGGUGAUCAGGACCUACCUGGAGUUCUGGUGUCUGAUCUUGAAGGACCACAUGGCAUAUGUGAAGAUCAUGCUGAAGACCUGAAGAGACACUUUAAUCUCAUUACCAUGCAAGACUUUUUGGAAAAUAAAGCACAGCUGGGUCCCAAGAUCCAAGCUGUAUACAUCUGGGGCGGAAGGCCAGCCGUCAGCCAGGAGCUCCUGUGCAGCCUGCCCUCCUUGAAGAUCGUGGCCAGUGCAGGGGCGGGGUUGGACCAUCUGGACCUAGGGCUCAUGGCCAGGUUUGGCGUGAAGGUGGCCAACACACCACAUGCUGUCUCCAGCCCCACGGCAGACCUGGGGAUGGCCUUGCUGCUUGCCGCAGCUCGGAGAGUUGUGGAAGGUCAUCAGUUGGCUGUUUCACCACAUACAGAGAACUUUCCUACAGACUAUAUGGGUCAACAAGUGACAGGGGCCACUCUGGGAAUUAUCGGCAUGGGCAGCAUUGGCUAUAAGAUUGCUCAAAGGGCCAGAGCAUUUGAAAUGAAGAUUGUCUAUCACAAUAGGAAACGCAGAAAAUUGGAGGAGGAGGAAGCUGUUGGGGCCAUUUACUGUGAGAGACUGGAUGACCUGCUUCAGCGGUCGGACUUUGUGAUGUUGGCGGUGAGCUUGACGCCACAGACCCAGGGCCUGAUCGGGAAGCGGGAGCUGAGGUUAAUGAAGCCCACUGCCAUCCUUGUCAACAUCGGCAGAGGUCUGCUAGUUGAUCAAGACGCCCUGGUGGAAGCCCUUCAGACCGGGCUCAUUAAGGCGGCAGCGCUGGAUGUGACGUACCCAGAGCCCCUGCCCAGAGAUCAUCCUUUAUUGGAGUUGAAGAACAUCACUCUGACACCUCACAUUGGAAGUGCAACUCAUCAAGCAAGACGACAGAUAAUGGAAAAUUUGGUUGAAAGCAUCCUGGCUUCUUUCAGUGGCCUUCCUAUUCCUAACGAAGUGCUGCUUAAAUGAUUUAUGUGAGUUAAGCAUUCAGUGGGAUGGAAACAGCAGAUUAAAUGGGAAAGAAACACUUCUGUAUACUUUA